AUGACCACCACCAACGGCGACUCUAACGCCGCUUCGUCUUCCGAACUCGAGCUCGCGAUCCACGUCGAGGACCUGCGCUUCGCGUAUCGCCCCGUCGACGCACCCGAACUUGAACCCGUGCUCGAGCAUGUCAACUUGAACCUCCCCAAAGGAGCGAGGUGCAUUCUCGUGGGUGCCAACGGCGCUGGUAAGCUUCCCAGGCAGCGGCUGGAAUGGGUGCUGCACCUCGUCGGCGCUGCCUUCGACGAUCGUCAAGGGCGCCGACGGAUCCUUGAUGACGUCGCGAGAGGGGUUGAUCUCCGACUCCAAUGCGCGCACGUGACAACCCCAUGAAGAGCCUUGCAUCCUCCCCUGCGCCAUCCCCCCAAUGCCAUAAACAAGAGUCCUUGCCAUACACUUGCUGACCAUAGUCAUUCGACUACAUCUGGGCUGGCAGGUAAAUCGACGCUCCUGCAAAUCUUGGCCGGAAAGCGUUUGACCCGAUCCGGUGCCAAAGUCCUCGGCCAAGACGUCUUCUUCUCGACCCCUAGAGGUGUCACAUACCUCGGUCAGUUUGAAAUGAGGGCCGAUGCUACCCUGCGGCUCAGCUGACCGAAUCUCAUCCUGCUCUUCCCACUGCACUGCUUCAACAGGAACCGAAUGGGCCGCGAACCCUGUAGUUCGGUCUGACCUCAAGGUUUCUCACUUUCUGUGCGUCGAAUCUAUGCAUCAAUGGCAUUUUGCUGUGUUGCUCAGCAUCUGAGGCUGAGCCCCCACAUCCUGGGCUUGACUUGAAAACUCAUUAGCGACUCGGUUGGAGGGUACCGAAAUGCCGAGCGAAGAGAUCACCUCUUGGACAUCAUGUGAGUCCAGCUCGAGUUGGCUGUAUAUCUCUGGAUGGGAUCGCUUAUACAGAUUUUAUGCCUCUUUCAGGGAUGUUGACUUGGCAUGGCGAAUGCAUGAAGUCUCGGACGGCGAACGGAGGCGAGUUCAAAUCGUUGCUGGAUUGAUGGCUCCGUGGGAUCUGCUCUUGCUCGACGAAGUGCGUCUUCACUCGAUUCUCCUCCUCAUCAGAUCCUUUACUGAACCCCUGAUUACCCCCAUUCUCUUCUCCAGGUUACCGUCGAUCUCGACGUGCUCGUGCGUUCUCGCCUCUUGUCAUUCCUGAUCGAAGAAACGCAACAACGCAACGCCUCGAUCCUCUACGCGACGCACAUCUUCGAUGGACUCGACGCCUUCCCCACGCAUCUCUGCCACAUCCAACUCGGAUCGACCGUCCCUCCUUCACCUCUCGCAUGGCCGAUUCAAUUCCCUUCCGAGGAAGGAGCGACCGUAGCUGGAGUUCCGAAGGGAGUGAGGGAACGGAUGGAAGAUCCGGGGAGGAAUGGGUCCAAGAUGUUGGAAUUGGCUUUGGCGUGGUUACAACAGGAUCGUCAGAAGCGUGAAAGUGGCGAGAUCGCGAGGGAUGGGAUGAGGAAACGCGGAGCUAAAGAAGUGACGGAGAGUGAGGCGUUUUACAGAAAGUGAGUCUCGCGAGUCGGUUCAGAUUCGAGUCACGCCCGGAAACUGAUGGAUAGGAUCUUUCAUCGUGCUGCAGGUAUGAUUAUUCGCAUUAG